CCCCGGCUACGUGCCAUCAAACUGGGCGCCUCCCCGGGGCCCGGCCUCUUUAUCUUGGCGUGCCGCAGUGAGCAGUGACGCACACCACCACCAUUUCUUCUCCGCAGGACACACACCACCUUUCGGCUUUCGCCUGCCUGGGUGUGCGGUGUCUCCUUCCUUAUUCCUUCCACCACCUGUUCGUUUCGUCCUCACCUCGCCGCAGCCUAGCUGCACACCCGUCACAUUGCCCCCAAGCCGAUCUCCCUGCGAAUUCACUCCCUCCUGCUGGGCGGUGCUCACUGCUCUGGUCAGUCAGGCAUGCGCGCCUCCCGCCCCUGCCGGCUGGCGCUCCUCCUCCUCGCCGUGGCGGCGGCGGCGGGCGGCCACGACUUCCGGCGGGACUUCGACGUGGUGUGGGGGGAGGGCAAUGCGCGGUUCCGCGACGGCGGGCGGGAGGUGGAGCUGUCGCUGGACGAGCGCACGGGCGCGCGGCUGCAGUCCAAGCAGCGCUACCUCUUCGGCCGCUUCGACCUCGAGAUCAAGCUCGUCGCCGGCGAGUCCGCGGGGACCAUCACCUCCUUCUACAUCUGCAGCGGCGGCGCGCGUCACGACGAGGUGGACUUCGAGUUCCUGGGCAACGCGAGCGGCGAGCCGUACCUCCUGCACACCAACAUCUUCAGCGACGGCAGGGGCGAGCGGGAGCAGCAGUUCGUGCUGUGGUUCGACCCCACCGCGGGCUUCCACACCUACUCCAUCCUCUGGAACCCGCACAACGUCAUCCUCUACAUCGACGGCGUCCCCAUCCGGGUGUUCCGGGACAACGCCGCCCGCGGGGUGCCGUUCCCGGCGCGCCAGCCGGCGCACGUCUUCGCCAGCAUCUGGGACGCCGAGGACUGGGCCACGCAGGGCGGCCGCGUCAAGACGGACUGGGCCAGCGCGCCCUUCGUCGCCGCCUACCGCCGCUACAACGUCUCCACCACCGCCUGCGUCUGGGACGAAGGGGGAGGGCGCGCGCGAUGCCCGCCGGCGGCGUCGUGGAUGGCGCGGAGGAUGGACUGGUGGAGCUGGAUGACGCUCAGCUGGGUGCGCAUGAACUACAUGGUCUACGACUACUGCGACGACCGCAGGAGGUUCCCGCACGGAGCCCCGCCCGAGUGCGACAUCCCCAUCGGCAGGUCGUGACCUGCUUGCUGAUCGAGCUCCAACCUCCAAUCCGGCAGUCGUGUCGUGUCGUGUGCAGGGAGAAUGAAGAAGUCUUCUUCUGCUUCUGCAAGCUAGCUAGAGAACGUUCUGUCUCGCCACGUGACGGCACUGUAAUAAUCGGGCUUGCUUUUUUGUUGAUCUCUUGAAGACCGAUGCAGUUGCCGGGUUGUUUAGCCUGUGUAUCCGCAAAAAGUGGUAAAAAGUGUGACAUUGGAUUCUGUCGCA